UGCGACGGUAUUGACAGACGCAGCAACCAAUAGACGGUAGAGAAUGCCCUUGGCAGGAGGCGGGCCCUCUCAGUAGUCGUCCUCAGCAGCCAGUGGGCGUCUCCGCGGUGUGUGGCAUCAACCCCGCCCCCAGCCCGUGCUCGCCGGUGUCGGGUCCCAAGUCCCGCGGUCUUGGGUUCCCAGAGAGGUGAGUCGGCUGCAGGUGGGUGCGGGGCGCCGGGCUGCUCGGGGUACCGUUGUCGCAGUCGCCAGUCCGUGCUCGCACCGGGCGUGGAGUUCAGCUGCGCACCGGGUUGCGGCAGCUUCGCCAGGCCUGGGGCUGGCUGGGCCGCGGGGCCGCCCUGGAGGCCGGAGCCACUGGGCCUGCGGCGCCUCGGCAGCGAGCAGCCGCUUCGCUCGCGUGCAGGAGGCUGUUCGCUACCUCACACGCCCGGCUGGCGCUGUGGCCUUGCUUAGCUCUACCGUUUAGCACCCGGCGACAUGCACCAGGUCGGUUUCCGCCAGGAUGCGGGAGAGUUGGGGCAAGCUACCUGUGACAGCUUGAACUUUUCCUAGGGAUUCAGCUCCACCCGCCGGUUAGAGCGUAUUGCUCAUUAAACCCGAGACCUGUGUGCUUGCUACUGAAAUAAAAGAAGUAUUUUUUCCCCAGAGUCCUUUUAGGACGUUAUGACUUUUCUCCUUUGCAAGACUGCAAAAAACUGACGAGAAGACAAAACUCUUCCCACUCCCAGGGAUCGCGUUGUCUUGAGUUUGGCUAGUAAAGGCUAGCAAGUGAGGCCUUGUCUCUGCAUCCCGUUCCCCCUAACAUCCUCAGAGAACCUUCGUUUCUAGAAUCUUUCUAGUAGUAUUCAGAGACUUCUCCAGGGUCAUGAUCCCAAAGGCUUAACACGUUUACAAGGAGAGAGUUGUCUCCUGACUCCCAAAAUGGCAGCUAAAAUGGAGAUAACUUUAAGCUCCAACACUGAAGCUUCCUCCAAGCAAGAGAGACACAUAAUAGCCAAACUAGAAGAGAAACGGGGGCCUACUCUGCAAAAAAACUGCCCAGAUCCUGAGCUCUGCCGCCAGAGCUUCAGACGCUUUUGUUAUCAAGAGGUGUCUGGACCCCAAGAGGCGCUCUCCCAGCUCCGACAGCUCUGCCGUCAGUGGCUGCAACCCGAGCUGCACACCAAGGAGCAGAUUUUGGAGCUUCUGGUGAUGGAGCAGUUCCUGACCAUCCUGCCCCCGGAGAUCCAGGCUCGGGUCAGGCAUCGAUGUCCAAUGAGCAGCAAGGAGAUUGUGACCCUCGUGGAAGAUUUUCACAGAGCAUCCAAGAAACCAAAGCAGUGGGUGGCCGUUUGUAUGCAGGGGCAAAAGGUGCUCUUGGAGAAAACUGGAUCUCAGCUUGGAGAACAGGAACUGCCAGACUUUCAACUGCAGACUCCUAGGAGAGAUCUCAGGGAGAGCUCUCCAGCAGAGCCUUCCCAGGCGGGAGCUUAUGACCGGCUGAGCCCCCAUCAUUGGGAGAAAUCCCCACUCCUCCAAGAACCAACCCCCAAAUUGGCUGGGACAGAGGCCCCCAGAAUGAGAAGUGACAACAAGGAAAAUCCACAACAGGAAGGGGCUAAAGGAGCAAAGCCAUGUGCAGUGUCAGCUGGCAGAUCCAAAGGGAAUGGUCUGCAGAAUCCUGAACCGAGAGGGGCAAAUAUGAGUGAACCUCGGUUGUCACGGAGGCAGGUCAGCCCCCCAAAUGCUCAAAAGCCAUUUGCUCACUACCAGAGACAUUGCAGGGUGGAAUACAUCAGCAGCCCCCUAAAAAGCCACCCACUGAGAGAGCUGAAGAAAAGCAAAGGAGGUAAACGGAGUCUGAGCAACCGUUUGCAACAUCUUGGUCACCAGCCCACCCGCUCAGCAAAGAAACCCUACAAAUGUGAUGACUGUGGGAAAAGCUUCACGUGGAAUUCAGAGCUGAAGAGACACAAGAGAGUCCACACAGGAGAGAGACCCUACACAUGCGGAGAGUGUGGAAACUGCUUUGGGCGGCAGUCAACCCUGAAGCUGCACCAGAGGAUCCACACUGGAGAGAAGCCAUACCAGUGUGGCCAGUGUGGGAAAAGCUUUCGCCAGAGCUCAAACCUGCACCAGCAUCACAGGCUUCACCAUGGGGACUGAAAGGAGCACUCCAUGCUUUAGAUUCACAAGGAAGGUGUUUGUGUUUCUCCUCCCCCUUACUUGCAUGUAAAUCACAAAGACUGUGUGACUUACAAGGAAAGCAAGAGGCCCUUGAGGAAUGAUGAUGCACAUUCUGCUGUGAGGAGGCCCAGAAAAGGCCAACCAGGGCCCAACCAUGCAUGAUGACAGGGUGAAGAGGUGGCAGGUCUGGGCACUGGGGCAAAGAGAACUUAAGUCUCUGCAGAGAGCAAGGAGUAACUACUGAGAGAGAAUCAGGACAAUCCUGCAGGUGGCCUGCUUAUUGUUAAAUCGUCCCUCUGUUGCUUUAUCCUCUAAAAUAUGUUAAGGGAUAAAUUCUAUAUAUAGUUAUGCAUUUGCUGUCAUAUCAAUUUUUUAUCAUGCACACACUUCUUUAAUAAAGAUGAGUGAUCUACCAGAA